AUGACAACUAUAGUCAAUGGUGGCUUUGCAGAACAAGCUGAGAAUGAAGCACCUCUAGGAUCCACUAACUACAUUCCUCAUCAUGGAAUAUACCAUUCGAAGAAGAAUAAGCUCAGGAUAGUGUUCGAUUGUUCUGCCAAGUUUGCUGGAACAUGUCUGAAUGACCACUUGCUGAAAGGGCCAGAUCUGACCAAUAACUUGACUGGGGUCCUGUUGAGAUUCAGGAAGCACAAAGUAGCUGUGCUCUGUGACGUGGAGAAAAUGUUCAGAGUAGACGAAAGUGACCGUGACUUCUUACGAUUCUUAUGGUGGGACUACAGGAUGAAUGUGCACCUAUUUGGUGCAGCCUCUUCCCCAGGAUGUGCAAACUAUGGCUUGAAGUAUCUGGCUAGACAGUACAGAGAUGAUUACCCUGCGGCAUCACAGUUCUUAGAGAGGAACUUCUAUGUGGAUGAUGGGGUAGUGAGUGUGUCAAACCGGGAAGAGGCCAUCCAUCUAACGAAGGAAGCGAGAGAACUUUGCAGAACGGGUGGCCUACGUAUCCACAAGUUUGUUUCCAACGACGAGGCGGUAAUCGAAAGCAUCCCAGAGUCAGAGCGUGCAGUUGCAGUCACCAACUCAAACCUAGACUUUGAAGAACCUGUGGAGCGAGCUCUGGGGAUCAUGUGGAACAUAGCUGUUGAUGCAUUGUUCUUCAAGAUGUCCUUGAAGGAAAAACCAACGACUCGUCGUGGAAUCCUGUCAACAGUGGCAUCCAUAUAUGAUCCUCUAGGAUUUGUGUCUCCUGUGGUACUGAAUGGAAAGAGAAUGCUGCAGGAGAUGUGCCGCAAGGGAGUUGGCUGGGAUGAUCCGAUACCUGGCACCCUACAGCCAGUCUGGGAGCAAUGGUGUAGAGAACUCCAACUACUGGAAGAACUCAGGAUACCUCGGUGCCAUCACCCCUCUGACUUUGGCCACCCACUGUUAGUACAACUGCAUCAUUUUUCCGAUGCAAGCAUGCAAGGAUACGGCCAGUGCUCGUACAUCCGCCUCAUGAAUCAAGCAGAAGAAGUCUACUGUUGUCUGAUUUUCGCCAAGUCAAGAGUAGCACCAUCCAAGGUGGUCACGAUUCCCCGGCUAGAAUUGACAGCGGCAGUUGUAUCGGCAAAGGUCAGCUCAAUGUUGAGAGAUGAGCUAGGGUACCAAGAAGCACAGGAGUUCUACUGGACAGACUCCCGAGUAAUCCUUGGCUACAUCAACAAUGAAUCCCGAAGAUUCCACACAUUUGUUGCAAAUCGGGUACAACAAAUCAGAGAAAGGACAUCGCCAGACCAGUGGCACUAUGUCCCCACUGAUCAGAAUCCAGCAGAUCAUACAUCAAGAGGACUCAGUGCAGGCAACUUGCAGGACACUCAGUGGUUCAAAGGGCCAAACUUCCUGUGGGAAAGGACCCUCAAGUUUGAAGACGUCACCCCAGAACUGCAAGUAGGAGACCCCGGGGUCAAGACGAUAAGCCUAGCAACAAGCACUAGCACAGAGCCGUUGAAUUUGCUGAAACGCUUGACAAGAGUUUCAAGCUGGUCUAUGAUGGUCAAAGUGCUGUCCCGACUCAGAAUGGUGGCCAAGGGUCCAAGACGAGGGUCAGUUGUACAAUAG